AUGCUUGACGGUAGUGAGAAUACGACAACUGCCGCUUCCGAACAGCAUCCGGUCGAGAAGAAGAUACCACCAGCCGAAGCACUUACCGGCACUGCUCAGACUGUAGAUGUCAAUCAGGUAAUAUACGACGAUGGCAAUGUGCGACUGGACAAUGAUGACGAUGAAGUUAUUCCUGACGACACAUGGGGUAAUAGAUGGGAAUUCAUCUUGGCUAAUGUGGGUGCGGCGAUUGGUUUAGGUAACUUCUGGCGAUUCCCUUUCCUGGCAUUUGCGUACGGUGGAGGUGCGUUCUUUAUCCCAUACAUUAUAGCCCUAUUCACAACUGGAAUCCCUCUGGCUCUGCUUGAGAUGGCACUGGCUCAAUACUGCCAGCAAGCCAUGUGUAGGUCUUUUGGUAGUCUAAACAGGCGAUUCGUAGGCUUAGGUAUAUCGGCGCUGUGGAUAUGCUUUGUCAUCGUAAUGUAA